AUGAUUGACAGCAACGAAAUUGCACCUCGUGAUAAAGAGCGACUGAUCAAUAAGUGCGUACGAGAAUUAAUACCAGUAACUCCAGAACUGCAUAAAGGAAAUCACUUUGAUAUAUACCUAAAUGAUUAUAAAACGAAUAUGUCAACCCCAGCGAAGGGCACAAUAGCAAUAGAGUUGGCAAUUGACUCAACAAACGACACAACAGAAUUAGAUCCGGCUUUAAUAGGUAGAAUUAAAAAUGCUAUCCAUAUAUAUACAGACGGAAGUAAGAAGUCAGAAGGAUAUUCUGUUGGGUCGGCCUGUUUCUCCCCUGAACUCAAUGUGUCAAGAAGCCUGAGCAUCAACCCUCAAGCUUCGGUUUAUACAGCCGAGUGUCUGGCGAUUAAUGAAGCAAUUAAAAUUGCGUUAGAAGAUCCUCAAAAAGACUACAAAAUUGUUACCGACUCCUUCAGUGCCCUCACUUCCCUCUCCCGACCAUCACAGAGCGUGAGGGAAAAUAGAUUCAUCGUAGAAGCAAAACAAAAUUAUGAAUUGUUCAUACAGAGGAACAACAAUCAAUACUUUUUAAAAUUCGAAUGGAUUCCUUCACAUACUGGAAUUGAGGGCAAUGAGGAAGCCGAUCGUUUGGCUGGAGAGGCCACCGAAAACCUACCAAACGCUCAAUUGUUAAUUCCAUUUUCCGAUUAUCCAGAGGACAUAAAAAAAAGAUCCUUUGACGCCACUCUAGAGGUUUGCUUAGAGGAGGGGAGAGAUGAUAGUGAUCAUGGCAAGGGCAAAGAAUUCUUCAAAGAAUUCUACAGAAAGAGUCGUAAGCCGUGGUUUUACAAUAAAAAUCUCUCCCGACGUUCAAUAGUCUGGGUCAAUAGAGCUAGAUCCAACCACUAUCAUCUCUCAGCCUCCCUGAAAAGAAAAAAUAUAAUUGAUUCAGCCCAGUGCGAAUGUGGACAUCCCAGCGAAGAUCUUGAUCAUGUCCUCUGGGAUUGUCCACGACAUGAUCAACCUCGACAAAUAAUGUAUAACUCCUUCCGGUUGAAUCAAUUUCCUCCCCCACUGAAUUGUCGAGUUAUUCUAAAAGACCUAGACUCUAAGAUCAUAGACAUUAUAACAAAAUUCCUCAAGGAUAGCAACUUAAAUGUGUAA